AUGUCUCCUACAACCAUGUUCUCCCCAGGGCCUACGCUGCGCGGACAUCAUUUUACAGGGGCGCUUGAAAGCGAACUGCAGGGGGCACAGACUAUGCACUCCAGGUUCCCCGAGCCUCUGAAAGCCGCUUUCCUCAAGGCCAUGCCGAGAAUCAAGUCUCAUCUUGAUCAGUGCCAUCUCCGCCUCACGGAAUUGCUGACGAUGACGCAGUUCAAAUUCACAAGAUUGGUGCAGAUACUUGAAGAGCAACACGAGAAGAGUCACGAGAAAGGAAUGGCUGCAUUGAAAGACAAAGUUAAAUGGAGCGGUAGCUUUAUGGAUGUCCAGUGCAGCAUCAUGAGCUGCGAUCACCUUGCAUUCUCAAAAUCUAUUAUUCGUCGCUUUAUCCGUGACUGUGUUGAUCGUGAUGCUGCUGUCGCUUCGCCAUGGACGGUAAAACCGGUUAUUGCGAAGCACUAUGGUGUCGACUCUGUGAUGCCAGAGGAAACACGGAAAGAUAUGGGAGGACAAGGAAGGACCACCAACCAAGAAGCAGAAGAAGAUGACUGCUGCUCAGGAGGAAAGAGGUAA